GCAGAACACUCUCUCUUUCGUUGGAAGGGAAUGACUGGCGUUUUGGACGCUCUCUGCUCCAGCAUUGCAACAUUUAAAGGCGAAUUCUCAGAGUCCAGUACAGUAUAGUGGGUGGAUUCAAGUUUGGAAGAGGAUUUGAGGAUUCGAGACGAAGUUUCCUGAAACCGUCGAACAGAGCGUUUGGGUGUGGAAUUUUGUUAGCUUUUGAAUAAUCCUUGGACAUUAACCCAUCAUGGCUGAUCUUGACACUGAUUUCACCAGUGGUGAUGCUGGGGCUUCACUAACCUUCCCCAUGCAGUGCAGUGCUCUGCGCAAGAAUGGCUUUGUAGUGCUGAAGGGACGUGCUUGCAAGAUUGUGGAGAUGUCAACCUCCAAGACUGGCAAGCAUGGACAUGCCAAGGUUCACUUGGUUGGAAUUGACAUUUUUACUGGAAAGAAGAAUGAAGAUAUCUGCCCCUCCACCCACAACAUGGAUGUUCCUAACAUCAAGAGACUUGACUAUCAAUUGGUUGGCAUUACAGAUGGCUACCUUUCCCUCUUGAAGGACAAUGGAGAUUUGCGUGAGGACCUUAAGCUGCCUGAAGGGGAGCUGGGAAAAGAAAUAGAGAGCAAAUUUGAAUCUGGAGAUGAAUUUUUGGUGUCCGUGUUGUCUGCUAUGGGCGAGGAGUGUCCGAUUGCCGUCAAAUCCAUGAGUUCAUAAUGAACAGAAGCUGACUGGCUGGUUGAGUGAGGGCCUCUACCACAAAUAUCACAUAUUAGUUCUAAAAGUCACCAAAGCCACAGCCUUCACAAACCACCCAGAACUGGUUCUGUUAAUCAAUAUUAAGAUGCUGGACCUUUUGACCUGUCUGGUAAGGUGCAGUCUGAUCAGGAUAUUUCUAAAUCACUGAGGUUUCCUGCACGUUUGUUGUUUAAUGUUUUCCCUCAUCCAUUCCUUUUGUCAUUAUACAGACACACUUCUAUCAUUCAUCAUUUAAAAAAAUGGUAAUAGUUUUUUUUUUUUUUUUUUUAAUGCUCUACAUAUUGCAGUAACCUUCAGUGAUUUUUAUUAAUGCCAUUGGGCCUUAAACUGUUGCAAAUCAGGCAACAGCUAUAGAAGAUUACCUCUAUGAAUGACACUGACUAGUUUGCCGGCAUUUGGUUCAUCUACAUUUGUGCCAAAGCCUGCAUGUCUCAGGUAGGCUAGGAUUUAUCAGAAUGUUGCUUUGACAGGUUGCCACUUGGCCAACAACCAGCAAUCCUAAGGCAGAAAGUUGUCCUUUUUUGUUGACUAUCAUUGACAAUAACAACUUGCAUCACAACCAAAUGACCACAUACAAUAUAACAUCAGAACCAUGCAUUUUAUUUGGCAUGUCGCUAGACAUGUUUUGUUUUUUUAAGUUUGAAAGUAAUGUUUAUGAAGUUUUAGUCCACCUGACUUCCAUAUUUUCUUCUAUGUACGUUUACAGCAUUUCAUAUGUUCCUAUGUAAUUAACCUUUAUUUUGAUAGCAAUUAAGAAUUGUUUACGCAGCAAAGAAAAAAAAACACUUUGUUACAUCUGUAAAGCAGAAAGGGAAGGCUUUGAGUUUUGCACUGGUUAAUCAGCUGUGAUGCAGGACUAAUGGAUGUCCUCUGUAACAAACGCAGUGUUUGUGUUUACAGGAGCUUUGCUAUACAACAAAUUACAUUUUAAGAUGCAGACAUUAGCUUGUUAGAGCUUCAAUACAUUGAUAAUUCACAUUCUGUAGGAUCUUUUAUGCACCUGACUUCAGUUGUAUAAAGGUUUUUUUUUUUUUUUCUUCUAGGGCACUCCUUGCAUUUGGUUCAUAAAGAUAAAGUAUUUUCAUAGCAUUUUUAUUUACCCUGAUUUUUUUUUUCUUUCUUUUCCAAUCUAGAAGAUGAGGAACAUUAUAUCUUUGCAUUUUGGUUCCUCUCAGUGUUUGUUUUCAAUAUUCAAUUUUUCUUUUGAUAAAUUUGUUUACUGUAAGCUGGAUUCGCAAAUUAAAAGGCACUUGGUGGGGCAGGACGUUUUUCCUAGAGGUAUUUUCAGCUGUGUUGGGUUUCUGUUUUAUUUGUCGUCUUGGUGUGUUCCCAGAUUCAGAAGACCAAUUUGUGUUUUUAAAAAUAUAGCUUAUAUAUAUAUAUAUACAUAUAUAUAUAUAUAUAUAAAUAAAUAAAU